AUGGAUCGAAAUUCCAGAGCCAGCGUUCAAAUACCUUCGUCUCGAACGGGUGGACUCAGUGGAGUGGAGCCUCAGGCCCCGGACAAGCGCACCAUUUUCUGCAAUGAUCGCAAGGCCAACCUUGCCAGUCCAUUCAUGAGCAACUCGAUAUCAACUACAAAAUAUAACAUCUUCACUUUCUUGCCAAAAGGGCUAUUUGAACAGUUCAGGCGGGUUGCUAAUCUCUAUUUUCUAGCAAUCUCAAUUUUGGCAGCAACUCCAAUCAGUCCUAUAUCUCCGAUAACUAAUGUGGUUCCUCUGUCUCUGGUGCUUCUUAUCUCUCUUAUUAAGGAAGCUUUUGAGGACUCGAAACGUCUUCAAAAUGACAAGGUCAUAAACAAUAGAAUGAUAGAUGUUUUGCAAGAUCAAACAUGGGAGUCCAUAGCCUGGAAAAAUCUGCAGGUUGGAGACAUUGUCAAGGUUAAGCAGGAUGGAUUCUUUCCAGCAGAUCUGCUUUUCCUGGCCAGUACGAAUGCAGAUGGUGUCUGCUAUAUUGAGACUGCUAAUUUGGACGGGGAAACCAAUCUCAAGAUCAGGAAAGCAUUGGAGAAGACUUGGGAUUACCUGACUCCAGAGAAGGCAUCUGAGUUUCAAGGUGAAAUUCAGUGUGAACAACCAAACAAUUCAUUGUACACCUUCACUGGAAAUCUUAUUAUUCAAGCACAAACACUACCUCUCAGUCCAAACCAAAUCUUGCUGCGAGGCUGCAGUCUAAAAAAUACAGGGUAUAUUGUUGGAAUAGUUAUCUUUACAGGGCAUGAAACAAAGGUGAUGAUGAAUUCCAUGAAUGUACCUUCUAAAAGAAGUACAUUGGAGAGGAAGCUUGAUAAACUCAUACUCGCUCUAUUUGCAACUCUCUUUGGAAUAUGUUUGAUUGGAGCCAUAGGCAGUGGCAUCUUUGUAAACAACAAAUAUUUCUAUUUACGCCUUGAUGUAGGUGGUGAGGGCUCAGCACAGUUCAACCCAAGUAACAGAUUUCUGGUUAUUGUCCUGACUUUAUUUACCCUCAUCACUCUCUAUUCACCACUCAUCCCUAUAUCACUUUAUGUGUCAAUAGAGAUGAUUAAAUUUAUUCAGUCUACUCAAUUUAUCAACAAGGACUUGUGCAUGUACCAUAAGGACACCGAUACCCCAGCAUUGGCCAGGACAUCUAAUCUAAAUGAAGAACUUGGGCAGGUGGAAUACAUCUUCUCUGACAAGACAGGAACUUUAACAAGAAACUUAAUGGAGUUUUUUAAGUGUUCAAUUGGAGAACAAGUCUAUGGAACAGGUGUUACUGAAAUUGAGAGGCAAAUAGCAGAGCGUAAUGGGAUGAAAGUUGAGGAAAAUAAAUCAGACACUGCAGUGCAAGAGAGGGGCUUUAAUUUUGAUGAUGAUCGGCUUAUGCAAGGAUCUUGGAGGAAUGAGCCUAAUCCUAACAUUUGUAAGGAAUUCUUCAGAUGCCUUGCUAUAUGCCAUACUGUACUCCCUGAGGGCGAUGAGUCCCCACAAAAAAUCACGUAUCAAGCCGCCUCGCCUGAUGAGGCUGCUUUGGUCAUUGCUGCAAAGAACUUUGGUUUCUUCUUUUACAGACGCACACCAACAACAAUAUAUGUCCGCGAAUCCCAUGUUGAAAAGAAGGGUAAAGUCCAAGAUGUUCCUUACGAAAUUUUGAAUGUGCUUGAAUUUAACAGUACAAGAAAGCGCCAGUCUGUUAUAUGCCGUUAUCCAGAUGGGAAGCUUGUAUUGUACUGUAAGGGUGCUGAUACGGUAAUCUACGAGAGACUGGCCAAUGGUGCUGAUGAUAUAAAGAAAUUGACCAGGGAGUAUUUGGAACAAUUUGGAGCUGCUGGUUUACGUACAUUAUGCCUGGCCUACAAAGAAUUACGUAAUCAUGUAUAUGAAAGUUGGAACGAAAAGUUCAUCCAGGCCAAGUCUUCUCUAAGUGAUCGUGACAAGAAGUUGGAUGAGGUGGCGGAACUUAUAGAAACUGAUCUGAUUUUGAUUGGUAGCACUGCCAUAGAGGACAAGCUUCAAGAGGGAGUUCCAGCAUGUAUAGAGACUCUUCAAAGAGCUGGAAUUAAAAUUUGGGUGCUUACUGGAGACAAGAUUGAAACAGCAAUAAAUAUAGCCUAUGCAUGCAAUUUAAUAUCCAAUGAGAUGAAAAAAUUUAUCAUCAGCUCAGAAACUGAUGCAAUUAGAGAAGUUGAAGAAAGGGGUGACCCAGUGGAAAUUAUGCAUUUUAUUAGAGAACAAGUUAAGAAAGAGUUGAAGUCGUUCCUUGAGGAAGCACAGAGCUAUCUACGCUCUCUAAAUGGACAAAAAUUAGCACUUGUAAUUGAUGGGAAAAGUCUAAUGCAUGCAUUAGACCCAAGUUUAAGAGUGAUGCUUCUGAAUUUGGGUUUGAAUUGUCAUGCGGUUGUUUGCUGUCGAGUUUCUCCUUUACAAAAAGCACAGGUCACAAGGCUAGUCAAGAAAGGUGCACGUAAAAUAACAUUAAGUAUUGGUGAUGGAGCCAAUGAUGUUAGCAUGAUUCAAGCUGCUCAUGUUGGUAUUGGCAUAAGUGGGAUGGAGGGGAUGCAAGCAGUGAUGGCUAGUGAUUUUGCCAUUGCACAGUUUCGUUUCCUUGCAGAUUUGCUACUUGUCCAUGGCCGCUGGUCAUACCUUCGAAUAUGCAAGGUUAUUACAUACUUCUUUUAUAAGAAUCUCACAUUCACUCUUACUCAGUUUUGGUUUACUUUUCAAACGGGGUUUUCUGGUCAGAGGUUCUAUGAUGAUUGGUUUCAGUCAUUAUAUAAUGUGAUCUUCACAGCAUUGCCUGUAAUUGCUCUUGGACUAUUCGACAAGGAUGUCAGUGCAUCUCUAUCCAGGAAGUAUCCUGGACUUUACAUGGAGGGAAUAAGGAAUGUCUUCUUCAAAUGGAGUGUUGUGGCGACAUGGGCCAUUUUGUCGGUCUGCCAGUCUUUGAUAUUGUUCUAUUUUGUGAUUUUGUCAAGUUCAGGUGCUAAAAAUUCAGCAGGAAAAACAUUUGGACACUGGGAUGUCAGUACAAUGGCCUAUACAUGUGUUAUUGUAACUGUCAAUUUACGACUACUUAUGACCUGUAAUUCGGUCACAAGAUGGCACUUAAUUGGUGUUGGUGGAAGCAUAUUAGCAUGGUUUAUUUUCGUCUUUAUAUAUUCAGUGGUCAGACUGGAGAAUGUAUAUUUUGUGAUAUAUGUCUUGAUGAGUACAAUCUAUUUCUACCUCACGCUUCUGCUUGUUCCCAUUGCUGCCCUCUUGGGUGACUUCAUCUUCCAAGGGAUUCAGAGAUGGUUCUUCCCCUAUGAUUAUCAGAUUAUUCAGGAGAUUCACAGACACGAACCGGAUACUGGCAACAGGCAACAGUUGCUGGAGGUGGGGAGUCAUUUGACGCCAUCAGAGGCGAGGAGCUAUGCCAUGUCUCAACUGCCUCGUGAGGUAUCAAAGCACACAGGCUUUGCAUUUGAUUCACCUGGCUACGAGUCCUUUUUCGCUUCACAGUUCGGUGUGUAUGCCCCGCAAAAGGCAUGGGAUGUUGCUAGACGAGCUAGCAGGUUUCGAGCACCAAAGACAGGCCGCAAAAAAUAGUGGAAACAUACUGAUUUUGAUACGCUCAAGUGCAUGCACUUUCUUUAGUCAUGGUUUUCCAUUUUGAGAUGUGCAUAUCCAAUAUUUGUCAGGACACACACACCCGCCUUUUGAACCUGCUAGAGCCGGUUUUCUAGGAUGCCGUGAGCCAAAUGGCUCCUCAUGUGAUCAGUUACUCAGGCAGGUUUCCUCAAAAUGAGAUGCAGCAUAUUACCUUUUCUUUUUUCUGAUGAGCAAGAGAUUAAGUUUAAAUACUAUCCUUUCCUUACUGAAUUACGCCCAGCUUAAGGAAUCAGGAGAGGUAAUACGUUCUUCUUCGGAGCAGAUUUCCAUACUUGAACCUCAC